AUGAGAGCAGUCCGAUACCACGGUCCGAGGGAUAUUCGAGUUGAAGAGGUGGAGGAGCCGGUGUGUGAGGUGGAGGAGGUCAAGAUUCGACCGGCUUUUGUGGGUAUUUGUGGCAGUGACAUCCACGAAUAUCUCCAUGGACCUGCUACUGUCCCGUGCACACCACAUCCUAUCACAAGGCAACAAAUGCCCGUGACACUGGGUCAUGAGUUUAGUGGUACGAUCGUGGAGAUUGGAAAGGGAGUGACGAGAGCGAAGGUUGGGGAUCAGGUGGCUGUAAAGCCAGAUUUGUUUGACGGGGGCUGUGCGGCUUGUCUGAGGGGAUGGGUGAAUUGUUGUAGGAAUCUGGGGUUUGUGGGCUUUAGUGGCAGUGCUGGAGGAUUAUCGGAUUAUGUCGUUGUCAAGGAGGAACAGGCUAUUCAGCUGCCCGAAGGGUUCCCGUUGGAUCUGGGGGCGCUUGUUGAGCCGUUAACCGUGGCAUGGCAUGUGGUCAAUCGCUGCUCGACGCAGGAUGCUCGUACGGCGCUGGUGGUUGGAGCCGGGCCUAUUGGGCUUGCUGUGCUUCUGGUUCUCAAAGCUCGUGGUAUGGAGUCCGUUGUCGUUGUGGAGACUUCGCCGGAGCGGAGAGAACUUGCCAGCAUUUUGGGUGCUACGCAUGUCCUGGAUCCUCAGACGGAGGAUAUUGUGGCUGCAGUGCGUGCGAUGACCGGCGAUGCCGGCGCAGACGUGGCCUUUGAGUGUUCUGCUGCGCAGGCUGGACUUGAUACCGCUGUGAAAGGAAUCCGAGCACGAGGUACAGUGACAAUCGUGUCUUUGUAUGGGGAGAAACCGGUGAUUGAUGCGCUGGACGUGGUUCUGCGAGAAAAACAUGUGGUUGGCGCGGUGAUAUACGAGGACGGAGAUUUCGAAGCGGUCAUCGAAGCCAUCUGGUCGGGACAACUGAACCCCCGACCCCUGAUCACCAACAAGAUCCGCAUGGAAGACAUCGUUGACAAGGGUAUCAAGGCUUUGAUCGGCGGGAGGGAUAAGCAGGUCAAAAUCCUAGUCGAUAUCAGCUUGAAGUCCGAGGCCGAGGGCCGGACAGUACGACAUGAUCAGCUGCGGCUGUAG